UACCCCUCUUUUCAAAACAAAAAACAUCCUUUCCUUAACCAUCAAUCAAACUUCCCCUCUUUUUAACACAACCAUGAAAUUCCGAUCAUCAUCAACCAUCUCUAUGACUUUCACAGUCAUAGCAAUUUUCUCUCUCCUCUUUCUCUCACCACUAACCUCCGCAUCGGGUCGAACCGAUGCGGAGGUCAUGGGCUUAUACCAGAAGUGGUUAGCCCAUCACGGUAAGGCCCAAAACGGCCUGCCUACUCCAGAAGAUAAAAAAAGAUUUGAUAUAUUUAAGGAUAAUUUAAACUUUAUUGAUGAUCAUAAUUCCGUGGACCGGCCUUAUAAACUUGGGCUUAAUAAGUUUGCUGAUUUAAGUAAUGAAGAGUAUAGAAACAUGUUUUUGGGUACUAAGCCCAACCCAAAUAAGUUGGGCCUUGGUGACCGGAAGGUUAGUCUCCGAUACUGGCCUCGUCCCGGUGACCGGUUACCUAAGGCUGUGGAUUGGAGGAAGGUUGGUGCUGUUAACGACGUUAAAGAUCAAGGCCAAUGUGGUAGUUGCUGGGCAUUCUCAACGGUAGCAACCGUAGAAGCCAUAAACCAAAUAGUGACAGGCAACAUGACCUCCUUGUCCGAGCAAGAGCUUGUUGACUGUGAUCGAGUCGUUGAUCAGGGCUGCAAUGGCGGUCUCAUGGACAACGCUUUUCAAUUCAUCCUCGAGAAUGGUGGCCUCGACACUGAGCAGGAUUAUCCUUACAAAGGUGUUGAUGGUCAGUGUGACCUUAAUAGGAAGAAUAACAAAGUUGUUACAAUUGAUGGAUAUGAAGAUGUCCUGCCAUACAGUGAGAAAGCUUUGAAGAAAGCUGUUGCACACCAGCCUGUCAGUGUAGCCAUUGAAGCGAGUGGGAGAGCUUUGCAGCUCUAUCAAUCUGGUGUGUUCACAGGCCAUUGUGGGACGAGCCUAGACCACGCAGUGGUGGUUGUAGGAUACGGAACAGAGAAUGGUGUAGACUAUUGGAUAGUGAGGAACUCAUGGGGUAAUGGAUGGGGAGAAGACGGAUACAUUAGGAUGCGCCGCAACACUCAUAGCUUCACUGGUAAAUGUGGGAUAGUAAUGCAGCCGUCUUACCCAGUUAAGCAGACUCAGAACACCAUCAAGCCUUUCUCAGCUUACGAAAGUGAUGAUGGCAAAGUAAGCAGCGUCUAAUAACUUGAAGAAAGAAGCAAAGAAUCAUUUUAAAAGGAUGUGGCUGAGUUUAUGAAGGAGAUAAGUGUUGUUUAGCUCUUCUAUUUUAGCCAACUUCAUUGUUGAUCAACUAUUGUUUCUUGUUUUAGUAUUUAUAUUAAUAGGAGCCUUCAUGGCUGCCUCUAUUUGUGUACAGCUUAAACUUAAAUUGCAUCUGCUUCGGCCUUUGGGCAAGAAAAGCAGAGGAUGUUGCAAGAUUUAGAAGUUCAACUUUCAGUUUUUAGUAAUGGAAGGAUCACUUCUUUA